CAUGUUUAUGUGGCAACUGGCAUACAAUAAUAUUGCAAUACAUAACGUUUGUUUUGAUUUUUGUUAUCAGCAACUAAUUUUAUUUUAAUAAAACUGAAACAAAGUGCAUGGCAGUCAAGAUGGAUCAAAGCCGGUCUUAGACGUCGGAUGACAGAGCAAAUAAAAAUAAAGUGCAUGGAACAGUAAAAUUAUGUUAAAGAACACAUUAAUUUCAAUUGCAUCUAUUAGGAGAUGUUCUACUUCGAGCUACGUUCAGGGACAAUCACCAGCUCCGAGUAUUCGUGAAUACUUUUAUUACAUCGAUCAUGAAGGAAUGCUGUUUCUAGAUGAUGCUCGCAUCAAAAAUUUUACGUCAUGCUUUAAGGAGAAAAAGUUUCUCGAAUUUUUCUUCAAACGAAUCCGGUUGAACGAUGGCGAGCGGUAUCGAGAAAGUUUUCCUUUCCUGUCACCAUGUGGCCGUGAGCGCAACUACAUUCGCUGUGACGAUGUUCCGGUCGUGUUUACUCACGUAUUUCAGGAUUCAAAUGGUAUCGAUCAGCUGUCCUAUGCACAUGCCGGCGACCUUCUUGCUGUACCCUGGGAGCCCAGUCGGAUAUGCAUGUUUCCCCUCAGCGGCCGAGUCUACCAUCCAGCACCAGAGCGGUAUGGAUCGAUUGGCUUGAUUCGAUCCAAGCUAGCCAUUGAAUUGAGUAAGCACCUUAGUUUUCUUGAAGGGGAAAAUAAUCCACCGACGCACUUUUCGUGGAAACAAGCAACUUACGAACUGGAUAGGGAGUGGUGGAAAAACACUUACAUCAGUGGGAGAAUAGAUACAAUGGAAUAA